GCUGGCGGUAUUUCUCUUUCGGGAAUACUCCCUGAAAAUGGAAGCUGAAAGGAGGAGCAAACUAAGGUUCAAACAUUAUUAAAAACAAUAACCAAAUAAAGAAAUCCUGAACUAUUUCAUUAUCCCCAAGAAAAACGUGUUCCGUCAUAAGAAUACCAUUCACUUCUACUUUUUGAUUCACAAAUUCAACUGUAUACUCAACAACGAUCGGAACCACGAAGACGAUUGCUUCGCAUGAAUUCAAAUGGCCGCAUAUGCGGCAUGUAAACGGGUCGGAUAUUUUGGACCUAAACUCGGAGCUAUUUCCGGACGCAACCGAUUCCACGGCACACUCAUUUCGAACCCUUCUUUCAACGGCAAGCGCUUGUUCCUCGUCGACACUCUAGCUCUUGUGAGAAGACUGGAAGCACAAGGGGUGCCUACGAAGCAAGCCGAGGCUAUUACUGCUGCCAUUACUGAGGUUUUGAAUGACAGCUUGGAAAAUGUUGCUCAGACUUUUGUUUCUAAAGAAGAGUUGCAGACACUUGAGAUGAUUCAAGAAUCCAAGUUGUCCAAAUUUAAGUCCGAAGUUCAAAGCUCUCAGGAGAACCACUUUUCUCUACUGCAACAUGAAACUGAAAAACUCAAAAGUGACAUAGAAAAGAUGCGCAGUGAAUUGAGGUAUGAAAUUGAUAAAGUCACUGCUGGCCAUAGGUUGGAUCUCAAUCUUGAAAGGGGGAGAAUCCGGGAUGAACUAGCAAAUCAGAAUCAAGAAACCACUAACCUCACUAACAAACUUGACCGAGAAAUUCAUGGAUUAAGGGCUCAGUUGGAAGCUGCAAAAUAUGAUGUUAUAAAAUAUUGUAUAGGUACCCUUGUCUCUAUAUCUGCUGUUGGGUUGGCCGUAGUCCGUAUUUUGAAGUAAGUGGCUGAAGUACAAUGCUAAUUAUUGAUUAAAAAAAUAUUGUUUUUCAACA